AUGCUUGAAACAGUAGCUGAUUUAUCUAAUAAUACCGAUAUGUGGACAUCGGAUUGUAAUAAAUCGUAUAUUACUGUGACUUGUCAUUUUAUAUUUGACCAUCACUUAUAUUCACCAGUACUUGCUACUCGGGAAGUUUUUGAUAGUCAUACUGGUAUAAAUAUAGCAACUACUCUGAAAAAUAUUUUUAAUGAAUGGGGCAUAGCAGAUAAAAUAGUAACUAUGGUAUCUGACAAUGGAUCUAACAUAAAAAGUGCUAUAAACGAACAUCUGCACAAAUAUCAUCAUCCGUGCGUUGCACAUACAUUAAAUUUAAGUAUUAAUGAGGCAAUAAAUGGAAAUCUAGAUAUUAUUCAAAUUUUGAAAAAAUGUAGGACCAUUGUAGGUCACUUUAAGCACAGCUAUUAUGCUAAUGGUAAACUUAGAGAAUUUCAAUUACAAAUGAACCUACCUAUAUUAAAAGUGAAACAAGAUGUUGUAACUCGAUGGAAUUCGAGUUUGAUAAUGAUUGAAAGACUACUUGACAUUAAAAAUCCACUAUCCGCUACCAUGUAA